GUCGACUCCAUUCUCUUCGCCGAGUUCCAGGCCUGGAAGGAAUCUCCAAGUUUGGAUAAAUCCUCCUCCUUCCUGGGCAGGAUUUAUCGAGAGGACAUAGGACCUUGUCUGGACUUCACCAAGCGGGAGCUGUCAGAGCUGGUGCAGGUGGCCGUGGAGCAGAACACCCUCACCAUGGAGCCUGUUGCUUCCCAGACCAUGCCUGGGGUGAAGGUGCCAGCAGAAGAGUGUGGAGGACCCAAGAGAUGUGCUCUGAGUGGCCUCCCCAGGACCUGCAAGCACCGCAUCAUGCUGGGGGACUCGGGGAGCUACUACUACAUCUCCCCAUCCUGCAGGGCCAGGAUCACUGCAGUGUGCAACUUCUUCACCUACAUCCGCUACAUCCAGCAGGGCUUGGUGAGGCAGGAUGUGGAGCUGAUGUUCUGGGAGGUCACCCGGCUCCGGAGGGAGAUGUCUCUGGCCAAACUUGGCUUUUAUCCCAGUGAGAUGUAA